UAGAAUAAAGCAACCGUGUCCCAGUGUUUCCAGUCGAUGUACGAGUAGCCUCUUGAUGGAAAUCCGUGAUAUUUCUCAAUUAACUUAACUGUUUGUGUAUCAUGUACAGGAGUCUAAAACUGUUUUUUUAAUUUCGUCUCUGCAUUACAUCAUGGAAACGUUUAUUUUUGGUAAAUGAAGGGUUUUGUUACGACGCGUUCGUCGAGUUGGUAAUCGGUGUUCUGUUGAUAAGCCUGUGUGUGACUGGCUAGCAGCUAGCUAGUUACGCAGUAGCAGUUUCGCGUCGGGCAGCUAGUAAAACAUUGGACCAAUGCCUUAGAAAACAUUUUUUUCUUCGCCUUCCUCAAGUAAUAUGAAUGUUCGCCGGUGAUUCCAAUGGACGCUGUUCAUUAGAAUAAUUGCGAAACACCGAUGUUAGCGUUAGACAUCUUAUUAUUUCCAGCGGCCACAUUUUCCGUUUUUGGUCGAGCUAGCUAACUAGCUAGCGUCGCUAGCGUAGCCAGCGUAGCUGCUAGUUAGCCAAACUGAAGAUAGUCUGAUAGCAACGCCUAUGAUGGCACAGCCGGGGAGCGACUCGGCAAAGGAAGCCUAGACUCUGCAUGGCGACGGACUGGCAUCAGUGGGAGUGAGCAGCCAAUCAGCCAAGGCCACCGGUAGCAACAUGGCGUCCCGUCAGAGGAACUCGGUGCGGAUCCUGUCGAGCCGGGAGCGAGGCUCCCAGACCUUCGGCUCACAGAGGCUCCUGCAGCUGCUGGUGGAGGAGAAAGUCCGCUGGAUGAAGUGGCAGAGUCAGAAAGUGGAGCUGCCGGACAGCCCUCGGUCCACCUUCCUGCUGGCUUUCAGCCCCGACAGGACCCUCAUGGCUUCUACACACGUCAACCACAACAUUUACAUAACGGAGGUGAAGACUGGAAAGUGCCUACAUUCCUUAGUGGGCCACCGUAGAACCCCCUGGUGUGUGACCUUUCACCCCACAAUCCCCGGCCUGGUGGCCUCCGGGUGCCUUGAUGGCGAAGUCCGCAUCUGGGACCUGCAUGGCGGCAGUGAGAGUUGGUUUACAGAGAGCAACGUUGCCAUUGCAUCGCUGGCCUUCCACCCGACUGCUCAGCUCCUCCUGAUCGCCACCAACAACGAGCUCCACUUCUGGGACUGGAGCCGCCCGGAGCCCUUCGCCGUGGUCAAGACGGGCAGUGACACGGAGAGAGUCCGGUUGGUGAGGUUUGACCCUCUUGGCCACAACCUUCUGACGGCGAUAGUGAAUCCAUCCAAUCAGCAGAAUGAGGAGGACUCUGAGGUUCCGAUGGACAGCGUUGAGAUGCCUCACUUCCGCCAGCGCUCCUUCCUGCCUUCCCAGCCGGUUCGCCGCACGCCCAUCCUCCACAACUUCCUCCACAUCUUGUCGUCUCGCUCUCCGGGGGCUCAGGCGGGAGGCGAGCAGCCGCGCCCCCUCAGUGAAAAUGGAAGCAAUGUCGGAGAACCUCCCAGCAUGCCUCUGGCACAGUACCCCAGUUCUGAACGUGGCCCUCCUUUCCCGGGCUGCACCCAGCACCUGGGCAUGGUUUGUCUGUGUAGUCGUUGCUCUAUCAAUCGAAACCCAUCGCUGGCGGCCAGUGCGACCCCGUCUGAUCCCAGGGUGUCAUCAGACGCUCCCCAGCCUCCCCCAGCUUCCACUUUCUCCUCAGCCCGUACGGAGCCCAGACAGCCCUCAGAACGACCCUCUGCCUUUACCUCAGUCUACUACAGCGCCGGCACUUCAAUUAAUCCUUCUGCACCAAGCAGCGUCGAGCCGCACUCCGCCUCCAGGCCAGGACCGGACUGGACUCGCAACUUGCUAAGUAUGAGGGAGGGUGGUGUCGGUCCAGUUAUGCUCCCUCCCCGAACCUCCUCUUCCUCCAUCAGCCUGCUUUCAGUGCUCCGUCAGCAGGACGGCUCCUCUCAGUCCCCUGUCUACACCUCUGCCUCUGAAGGACGAGGUUUCCCCCACCAAGGGGAGGCGGGGGCCCGAGAUGGUGCUGGUACAAGCAGCGGCCAUCAUCCUUUCUGGGAUGGCUCCCGCAGCAACACGGCAUCCUUCCGCAAUGUUCUGCAGUGCAACCUGAGCCGUUACUUCAUGGAGUUUGAUCGCAUGCAGGACCUGGAGCCACCAUUAGGGGGCAGCAUGACUGAUGGAAGUCAGGAACAGAGCCAAGAGUUGCUGAAUAAUAACAUGGACCCAGAAAGACCUGGGCCUUCAGCUAACACCACCUCCUCCCCUACCAUCAUCCACUACCAGCCUCCACUCCCUCCUCCUCCUGCCUCCCACAGCCUGGACAACAACGUUCCUCCCGUGGCCUCCCGGGGACACCUGAACCGCUGCCGGGCCUGCCACAACCUGCUGACCUUCAACCAUGACUCUCAGCGCUGGGAACGUACCAACCAGGCCUCGUCAACCUCCGCCUCCCCUCUGGAGCCCUCCGCCUCUUCUGCCUCCUUCCCUUCUUCUUCUUCUCCAUGGCAGCCUGAUGAGGGCAGGAGGACACUAGAAGCUCAACCCCAAGAGAGGAGGGGUCCUCCAGACCCCAGCGAGCAGCCACCCCCUCCUGGGGGUGGAGGAGGAGCAGCAGCAGCAACAGUGGCCUUCCCGAUAGCCCCAACCCCCAGCCAGCCUGGAGAGCAGACAGUGGGUCUGGUGUACAACCAGGACACAGCACAGUGGGAGAGGGUGUACCGGCAGGCCGCUGCUGCUGCUGGCAGAUCGGCAGAGCCACCGGAGGCCUUAAGCCAAGAAAUGCCCGUUGACCCCCCAGACGAGGACUCCCUCAGGAGGCGACUGUUGGAAUCGUCUCUGUUAUCAUUGUCUCGCUAUGACAUGUCCGGAUCAAGAGACCAUCCCAUUUACCCCGAUCCUGCCAGGCUUUCCCCAGCUGCUUACUACGCCCAGAGAAUGAUCCAGUAUCUGUCACGGCGGGACAGCAUUCGCCAGCGUUCGCUUCGCUACCAGCAGAACCGCCUGCGGGCCAUGUCGUCCUCCUCCGACAGCCCUACCAGCAACCCGUCCAGCUCCAUGGACAACAGCGAUGUGGAUUUUGAGGAGCUGGAUGACAGUGGAGACAGAGCGAGGCACAGGACACCUCGUAACGCCCGGAUGUCUGCACCCUCUCUGGGUCGCUUUGUCCCGCGACGUUUCCUCCUCCCUGAGUACCUGCCCUAUGCUGGGAUCUUCCAUGAAAGAGGGCAACCUGGCCUGGCCACACACUCCUCUGUCAACCGAGUACUCGCCGGUGCAUCAAUCGGGGACGGUCAGUCUGCCGUCGCCAGCAACAUCGCCAACACCACCUACCGUCUGCAGUGGUGGGACUUCACCAAAUUUGACCUGCCUGAGAUCAGCAACGCCUCAGUCAAUGUCCUGGUGCCAAACUGUAAGAUCUACAACGAUGCGAGUUGCGACAUCUCUGCAGACGGUCAGCUGCUGGCGGUCUUCAUCCCCAGCAGCCAGCGGGGUUUCCCUGACGAGGGCAUCCUGGCCAUCUACUCUCUGGCUCCCCACAACCUGGGAGAGAUGCUCUACACCAAGAGAUUCGGUCCGAAUGCCAUCUCUGUCAGCUUGUCCCCGAUGGGCUGCUAUGUGAUGGUCGGCCUGGCCUCUCGCAGGAUCCUGCUGCAUCCUACCACCGACCACAUGGUGGCACAAGUCUUCCGCCUGCAGCAGCCUCACGGAGGGGAGACCUCAAUCAGGAUGGUGUUCAACGUGGUUUACCCCAUGGCUCCAGACCAGAGGCGCCACGUCAGCAUCAACUCUGCCCGCUGGCUGCCGGAUCCUGGGAUGGGUCUGGCUUAUGGAACCAACAAAGGAGACCUGGUCAUCUGCCGGCCUGUGUUUUAUCGAAGCGAUGGUGAGAGCCCUGCAGAGUCAAGCAGUGAACCUUUAUUCUCCGUCAACAACAGUGGAACCAGCCGGACUCGAGGUUCUGACAGAGCAGGGCCAAAUCGCUCUGGGUGGAGACUGGACAGAGACAUGGGUCUGAUGAAUGCCAUUGGUCUUCAGCCGCGACACCCCGCCCCCUCAGUGACAUCACAGGGAACCCAGACACCAAUCGUGCAGCUGCAGAACGCCGAGACGCAAACAGAGAGGGACCUAUCAGAGCCCGGCGUCUCCCAGCCAGCACUCAAUGUUCCUGCUGAGACUCCGUCCACGAGUCGAGCGGCUCCGGGACAGUCGGAGGCGUCUCAGACCGGCAGAGCGCAGAACAGCAGCCAGGGCGAAGCGUCAGCCGAGGCCAACACAUCCACAGCGAGUACUGGGGAGUCUCCAGACUUUGGCUCGGGUGAAGACGCUCUGGCACGAAUCCGCUGGCUGAUCGCUGAAGGCGGCAUGACGGCGGUGGUUCAGCGGGAGCAGAGCACCACCAUGGCCUCCAUGGGCGGCUUCGGAAACAACAUCAUCGUCAGCCAUCGCAUCCACCGCGGCUCCCAAACGGGCACGGGGGCCUCCAGACCGGCAGCUGACCCCACCGUGACGGCCCCCUCCACCUCAGGUCCUCUCCUCGUCACCCACACCCAAACCUACGCUCCUCGCCAGGCUUCCAACCUGUCUGAACGGCUCGCUCCCAUGUGGGGCCCCCAGGCCAUGCCGAGCCCCCCGCCCGCCGGCAUCUCUUUGGUGGACAUGGACGAGUUGCUCGACGAGGUGCGAACGGACGACGACUCCCUGCCGGGUCCCUCUUCUUCCGCCCUGCUGUUGUCUUCCCCCUCUUCCUCCUCCUCCUCCUCCUCUGCUCACAGCCCCCUUCCCACCGGUGGGGUCGGCCCUCUCAACAGUUACCCCGGCGACCCGUACAGCAGGUAGUCCCCCCGUUGGCCAAGAGAAGCGGAGCGUCGGCCAGUGGGUUUAGCAGAGGGCGUUCCUCAAAGCCUUAUCUCACAAAGAAAUGGGUGCUGCUUUGACUCCACAUGGGGUCUCCUGCCUGGAAAAGAAGGGACACAAGAACCCCACCUCACCCCUCCUCCCCCUUGAACCAUCAGUGGCAUCAGUGUGCACUUCCUCUGCGCUUACACAAAAUGGACUGAAGCCGAACCGCGACCAUUCCUCGUCAGAAAGGGCUUGUACUUGAACAGGGGCCGCUUAACGCUGAGCUCCUCGCCGCCCGUUUCUCUACUGUCAGUACUGUCAGUAUCAGCGCGAUGGACGACAGGGUUCCCGUUUAUCAAAGUGCCACGGCCGAGGGGGGUCUCACACACUUUUACUCCAACGUGCUGCAUUCGGUGCCAUGUGAUGUUGACAUUUGACGUGAAAUCGUGUGUGAUUGAAGUGUUUCAAAGUGAAUUCAGCACUACUUUAUUUUGAAGCCUGGUUUUGUACUGUGUGUAAUUAUGAUGUUUGAAAAGAAGAAACGGAGGCUGGACUGUGCGGUUACUGGAGGAUGUUACUGAGUCCCACCACGAGGAAAACCAUUCGUCGAUGACUGAACGGACACCUGAGACCGAAUGAACUCGAUCCACUGCAUGUCUCUCAGUAAUGCUGCAGUUCAUCCAACAAACACUUUUUUUAAGACUGAAGAGGAGAAGAACAAUUUCCUGAUUUUUUUUUUUUUUUUUUUUUUUUGGCGGGUGGGGAUUCAUCAUGCCCUGCUCCAGACACCCACCCUUCUAAAACCCCACCCAGUCCAGUUGCACUAAAGUGUGUGUGAUGCUAGUGAGUGUGUGUGUAAGAGUAUCAUGUGACCACGUUCAUCAUCUGUGAGCAGGCCUGGGUUUAAAACACCACGGUUCCUCUCUAAUCUUGACUCUAUUCUCUCCAUUAAUUGUUUGGUGUAUAAAUGAUGUUUAAAGUGCUCAGUGCUGGUGAUGAUCUGAGAAGUCUAAAACUUAAGAUAUUUAAUGUAACAAUUAAAAAACCAGGAACUGUUCACGUUUUCGGAGCGCUGCAGAGCUUUGGAGGUGUGCAGACGUCUGCCUUCUCUUCACUGUAGUGGAAUUGGAUGACUCUUCACUGUCGCAGCUCGACAGCAGAAAUCACGAGCCGGUUACUCGAGAUAAUCCACGCAGCGUGUUCUGAGCAGUUUCACGUAGGAACUGUUUUCUCUGUGUAUCGCCACGCAGAGCGCUGAGCGGCUCGCUGCCUAAGCGAACGUUACAGCGGCGGCAGCACACACCUGAUGUCGUCACCUUGCACUGACGUGAUGGUUUGUUUCAGACCUUCUGAUGCUUCAUAGACCAAACAGUUAAUUGAGAAAGCAAUCGGCUGAUGUCAGUUUGUUGGCGUUAGCCUGACCUUUUCUGCUGUCCUGAUUCUGGAUUCUGUUGUUGCAUCACAUCGGCCUUCACUGUGCUCAGUUCUGUCGUAUCGUUCGCGAUAAUGCAGUCAUGCUAAUGUUCACAUGACAGACUUGAUGCUCACUGAUCACGUGACUGAAGCGGGACACCAGUGGCUGCCUGGCGCUGAACAGAUUCAAGGACGGCGCUGAUCUAAAUCAGAUCUCGUGUUCAGGCUAACAUGUUCAUCACGCUGUGAUACACACACAUUCACUGUUGGUGUGAACACGCUGACAAGAAGGAAACUUUAUCCCCACAGUUACGAGCUUGUUGUUCACAUUUGAAAAUGUUCGACGGAGAGAAGCGCUGAAGUCAAAUCUGCUCACAAAACAUCUGAACGUGUGUGUGUGGUGAGGAGGACACUGUCUCUGUCCUCUCUGUCUCUUUUCCACUGCAGGAACUGAAACCGGUCAGAACCUGAACCCUCUGGGCUCCAUUUUGUUUGACAGUGAAGCUGACUCCAGACCAGCUGUCCAGAGCCAGCGGAGUCCUCCUGGACUGUCUGCUUCGCACUGUAGCGUAGCCGCAAUGUUUGUACAGUCGGCUUCGCGACGAUCGACGGGCCGGUCGGAGUGUUUUCGUGUUUAGCUGAGUCGACGUGUUCAGUUGGCCAGUGGAAACGCGGCUGCGCUCUGCGUCUCAGUGUGGACUUGAGCUGCAGUGAUUAGUUGCUGUUUUGGUGAUCCGGUCGUUUCAGUCAAAAUGUGCUGCUUUUCUGUGUCAGUUCUGUCAGUAGCAAAGAAGCUGUUGGGUUUUGGACGUUUGCUUGGACAGAAGACAUUUGAAGGUGUCGCGUCAGGGUCCAGGAAGCUGAUGAGCGUCGUCAUCGUUUCCUGACUGGAGGAUUAAUUAUGAAAAUAGUGAGCGCAUUAAUCGAUGAUGAAAAAAGCGUUUGAUUGGAUACGCUGCUGUGUGUCCUCCUGAUGUUUACUUUGUCACACAACAGAACACAAAGUGCAUGAAGCGUCACUGCCACACACUGUUUGUCGUCGCUCUGAUAAAUAUUUAUUACCCACAUCAGAGCCGUGACAUCACGCCCACUUUGUGACGCAGAAAUGCCUUCAGAUUAUAAAAUACGGACGCUGGAGUAUGAAAAUAGUAAUAAUAAAGUUCACUACUGGAAAUGUUAGAGGUUAUUCCCCAAGCUAACAAAUCUGCACUUGACAGGCAGCUGCAGGGCAGCCGCUUGAUUUGUUCCUGAAGGGAAGCAAAAGCAGAACAGAGAAAUUAGAGCUCGUCAAGUUCCUGUGGUGGAAAAAGUCUGUGAUUGGUGCGUCCAUACUGACCCCACCUGCUUCACCUGACCCCGCCCAGUCCAUCUAACCUCACCUGCUCCACCUGACCCCGCCUGCCCCUCCUGACCCCACCCACUCCACCUAACCCCACCUGCUCCACCUAACCUCACCUGCUCCUCCUGACCCCACCUGUCCCUCCUGACCCCACCUGUCCCUCCUGACCCCACCCACUCCACCUAACCCCACCUGCUCCACCUGACCCAGCCCGCUCCACCUAACCUCACCUGCUCCUCCUGACCCCACCUGCCCCUCCUAACCCCACCUGCUGCUCCUGACCCUGCCUGCCCCUCCUGACCCUGCCUGUUCCUCCCUGACUCCACCCACUCCUCCUGACUCCACCCACCUCUCCUCUCCUGCAGACAAAAACUUGAAACCUUUUGAUCAAGUGCUACUUUUCCUUUCCAGCCUGUGUGAGACUGUACAGCCACCAACGCUCUGCUGCUUUUAGUUUGUUUUUUAUUCCACGUGCUUAGACACACAGCUGCACAGCGGAUUAUGUACUGAUAGUGUUUGUGUAUGUUAUAGUGGCAUGUGUGUGUGUGUGUGUGUGUGUGUGUGUGUGUCGGGGGGUUAACGGACCUAUGAAAACCAAGAUGUGGACGAGGAGGCGCCCUGACUGGAGCCGUGCAGGGACACCGUGUGAUUGGAGGCAGAGCUGUUUACUUUUUGUUUUUUUAUUUUGUUUGAGCAGGUUAGUCCAGGUGAGAUCAGGGAUCUCGUUUCCGUGUGACAGUCAAACGCAGCAGGUGACAGACUGAUCUGAAUGCUCCUCCUGGCUUUACUUGAUUAAUGAACAUUUUAAAAACAGUUUGUCUGGCAGACCUCAUGUCUGUUUUGUGUGUGUGUGUGUGUGUGUGUGUGUGUGUGUCGGGGUUACCGGGGGGCGACUUCCGCCCCUCCUCUCCUGUGUACGAUGAGCACCACCAUAUUCAACAAUGCAACUGGUCAGUAAGAAAGGUACAACAUCACACGAUUCCCUCUGCUGCGUCCGUUUGUACAGCUCGAUUCUUUGCUUUGACUUUUAGACGUGAUGUAAUUAAAGACUUGGAGAGUUUUUCUGUGAUCGAAUGAA